CUUUAGGACAGACACUCCCUGUCACAGCGUGUCCCCAUCGCUCUGCACUCUGCAGCUAAUGCCACGGAGGGUCUUUACAAAACCAUAACCUGGGUCCUGGGCUUCGCCUCUCCACGGUUGCCAACGACUGGCACUGCCAAGCAUACCAUCCCUCACCAUGAAUCGCAAAGACAGCAAGAGGAAAUCUCGCCUGGACCUUUCUAACCAGACACUGAGCAGCAAUGGGGUAUUUAUUACAAUCAAAGGUCGGCCGAGGCGGAGCAGGAGGAGGAUGACUUGUCCCUCCCCCGCUGAAAUCAAUAAAGCUAUGGUCUCAGUGACGCUGGCACCGCUGGGGAAGGGCUGCACCCUGGAGGAACUGCUGGAAAAGUGCAUUCAGUCAUUCGAUCUGGAAGGGAAUCUGUGGCGGAACGAGGACACGGUACACAUGACACUUGUCAUGCACAGCUGGGUGGUGCCAUCUGAUGAAUUUGCACAAAAGAUUCUUCAGCUCUAUAAAGCUGCAUCUCAAAACCAUACGAGGAUUGCAAUCUGCCACUUCGCAAGGUUUUGGAUUAGUAAUUAUCCAGAAAUGUUCAGAUUAGACAGGAAACUGGAGGAAGCCAUGUCUGAUUUGUGGGAGGUGAUGAAGGAAGACCAUGGGAAAUCUCACCAUCGAGCCUUCGGUACAUCUCAUAUGCUCGAACAGGAAGCCACAAGAAAGAUUCAGGAAUCCCCAAGUUUCAAUAAGAAGAGGAAAGUUUCACUGCUGUUUGAUCACCUUGAACCAUCAGAACUCGCUGAUCAUCUCAGCUACUUGGAUUUCAAAUGCUUCUGCAGAAUUUCGCAUUUAGACUAUCGUAGCUACACGCUACAGAACUCGCUGCGAGAUAUCCCACAUCUAGAGCGAUCAGUCAACUUGUGCAAUAGUAUUUCCCAGUGGGUCCAGAUCAUGGUCCUGAACCGACCCACUCCACAGCAGCGAGCUGAGGUGUUCCACAAAUUCAUCCAGGUGACUCAGAAACUGCGCAAGCUUCAGAAUUUUAACACUCUAAUGGCUGUGAUUGGAGGACUGUGUCAUAGCGCCAUCUCACGAAUGAAGGAGACUCACAGCCACCUGUCCCAAGAUGUCCUAAAGACACUGAGUGAGAUGACAGAACUCCUAUCCUCCAGCAGUAAUUACAGUACGUACAGGCGUGUGUACAAUGAGUGUGCAGGAUUCAAGAUUCCUAUCCUUGGUGUGCAGCUCAAGGAUCUGGUAUCUCUCAAUGAGGCUCUGCCCGAUUUCCUGGCCAAUGGCAAGAUUAAUGUGAGCAAACUGCACAGUUUGUACCAGCACAUCCUGGAGCUCAGGCAGUUACAGAAAGGCAGUCCUCCAUUCAAAACCAACAAGGACGUCAUACUCCUGCUCACUUCCUCUCUAGAUCUGUUUCACACAGAAGACGAGAUAUAUUCCUUAUCCUAUACAAGGGAGCCACGGAGUCCAAAGGUUAUGUCCAGUGUUCCUUAUAAGCCCUCCAGUGAGACAACGCAGUGGACCUCCGAAGUGCCUCUUCAUCAAGAUCCCGAGACUCUCAGUCACAACGUUACACAGAUGGUAGAGUCCGUAUUCCAAUUUUAUGACCCAGAACAUAAAGGCUACGUGUCCACUGAAGACUUUGAUAAGAUCGUAGUUAGUCUACCGUUCUCCUGCCACAUUCUGGAAAAGGAAAGUGACGGGCCAAUCAAUCGCCAAGAGAUGACAUCUUACUUCAUGAAAGCCAGUCAUGUCUGCUCCAAGUUGGGUGUCCGUUUCCUGCAGAGCGUGGUGGAGGCGCGUCUGAAGAAAUCUCCGCUGUGUGCCAAUUGUGUCUGGGCUGUGGCAAAGCAAGGUAAUGGCUGCGGAGGACUAGACCAUGAGGUGAUACAAAGUUGGGCCUUUCAACGUACAAAUCCAGAAAAACACAAUCUUGAAACCUGGGGUCCACACAGCAGAACCAUGUGCCUCAAGGCAACACAGACUGAGGGACCCACAAAGGAACAGCCUGCUGCCCUUCAACACAUGGCUACAGGAGACUCAGAUCACAGAAAACAGUUAUGCAGGGACCCCUGCUGGACAUCACCAGAACUGCUGGCACAAAUAAAGGAACUGCAGGAGGAGCGUGACCGUCUGUUGCUAGAGAAUGCUGGCUUGCAUUGCUCCAACUCACAGAUGUCUGCAGAGAACGCCAGACUACAGAGUCAACUCUACAGCCUGCAGCAGGACUUGCGCAAACUCAGCCUGGACUCAGUGACACAAGCCGCCAUUUUGCAAAUCCUCCAAUCUAUUAACGCGCUACAGCUGCAGUGUGAUGGCGAGUCUUGAUAAUUAUAAAAGUUUUGCUGCAGUAAAUGUGGAGCAACAUUUUAAAAGUGAAGCAGUUACCAUGGGAAAAAAGUAGACUGUUCCCAUGGAUUCCUUUGGUUUCCACAGCAACUGCCCAACUUUUAGAACAUUGAAUCAAUGUUGUGAGAGUUAAUAAACACAAGCCCCCAGCAAAAAGCAAGCUUGAUGGAUAAAGCACAAACAUUAUUCUAGGCUCUGAUACUCCGGCGUUAAUGAUUGUAACAAGACAUUUUCUCUUGGGUGAAAUAAUUCUUGCGGAGGAGGCUGAUCGGAGUCAUUAGAUCCAAGUUAAUGUGCCUGAAAAUCCUGGACUCGCACUCACUGAUACCGUUACAAAGUACUAUUAGGCCAGUUGAUAAAGUCGAAAAGUUACACCAGACGAUAUAUUUAUGGGACUGACUGACAUCUUUCAUGUUUGUAAAUAGCCUUUUCACAUUGCUGGAGCUGCAAGUUAUCGUUUAAAAAAAAAAAGUCUCCAGGGGCUUUUCCACAGUUAUUUUGUUUAUUAAAUAAACCUCUAAUAUC